AUGCCAACAAGAAGAGCUAGGUCCAACAAGACUUCAGGUCCCGCUGCUGUUGAAGCCAAUGAAUAUGGUUUGAAUGAAGUAGAUGAUUUUGCUGACAAAAGAGAGAAAGUCAUGUUUUCAGAGUCUACUUUAGCUGAUAGAGCAGAUAGUGAUAACGAUGAAGACUUAGAUAUUUUGGAAGAGGAAGAAGAGGUUAUGUCGGUCUCUGGUGAAUCUGAUGAUGAAGAAGAAAUUCUGGAUGGUCCUGAUGCCUAUAGAAAGGUAUUUGGUAGAAAUCUGGAUCUUGGCAAAGGUUCGGAUGAAGAAGGAGAUGCUGAUUUGGUUGAUGAUGAAAACGCAUGGGGUUCCACUAAGAAUGAAUACUAUGGUGCUGAUGAUUUAGAUGAUAUCGAGACUGCAAAAGAAAUUGAAAAAGAAGCAUUACGUCAACAGAAGAAACAUUUGGAAGAUUUGAAUAUGAAUGAUUAUUUAGACGAUGCUAUCGAAGAAGAUUGGUCUGCAGAUGCUAAAAAAUUCGAUCUUGGAGAAUUUAAGAAUGUAACAAACCAAGAUUCUACUGUUAAAGAAGGUGUUACUAUUAACGAUUUAAUCAAUAUGGAUAAAGAUAGUAAGAAAGACUACCUGAAAGUAAUGUUCCCGGAGUUUCUUCCUUUAACAAAAGAAUUAUUACAAUUAUCUCCGGUUUUGAAAACUCUACAAACUAAAGAGCACACCGAAUUUCUUAAAUUGAAAGUUAUUGCUCUGUCCAGUUAUUUGGGUACCAUUUCUUCAUAUAUGAGCGUCUUACUACAUGAACUUAAUAAUAAUGAAGAUUUUGUAAAUAUGAAAGAUCAUCCAGUCAUGGAAGCUAUUUUGACUUCUAAAGAGAUAUGGAGACAAGCAUCUGAACUACCGGAUGAUUUAGAAAAGCAAUAUGGAGAUUCCGACAGUGAACUGGAAACUAACUAUGAUAAAGUUACAAAAACCAUUUCAGGGGAUGAUGAUAAUGAUGAAAUAGGUAAUGAAGAAGGCGAAGAGCAAAUUUCCAAUGAUGACGAGGACGACGAAGAAGAAGAAGAAGAGGAUAACGAAGAAGAUGUUGAUAUCGAUGAUUUCGAAGAAUAUGUCACUCAAUCUCGUAUUUUAAAGAAGAAAGAUUCGAAAUCUAAGUCAGUCAAGGAUACGGAUGAUUUCGUAGAAUCCGAACUAGCUGAUGUUGACGCACAAGAAAAACAAGCUAGAAAGAAAACUUUAAGGUUCUAUACUUCUAAAAUUGAUAAUAACGAAAACAAGAAGUUUGAUAAAUUUACAGGUGAUGAUGAUAUUCCAUAUAGAGAAAGAUUAUUUGAAAGACAACAAAGAUUAAUAGAGGAAGCACGUAAACGUGGUUUACACGAUAAAAACGGAGCUGCGUUGGAUGGUAAAGAUUAUGAUUCAGAAGAUGAGGCUACCUCUAAAUCGAUCAACAAAAGUGGAGAGAAAGAAUAUUACAACCAAAUACAAGCAACAAGACUGGAUAAGAAGAACUCUAGAAUACAAGCCCAUAAAGCUGCUGUGAAGGCUUCAAGAGAAGGUAAGUUAGCAGAAUUAGCUGAAAGCAUUGACAAAGAUGGUAAGCGUGCAGUUAAUUACCAAAUUAUGAAGAAUAAGGGUCUAACACCAAAGAGAAACAAGGAUAACAGAAAUUCACGUGUAAAGAAGAGAAAGAAGUACGAGAAGGCUCAAAAGAAAUUGAAAUCUGUGCGUGCAGUAUAUUCUGGUGGUUUAUCUGGUGCUUAUGAAGGUGAGAAGACCGGUAUUAAGAAGAACCUAACAAGAUCUGUUAAGUUCAAAAAUUAG